AUGACAUGGUCACGUAACGGCGAUGGUGAUAUCAUUGUCAACACACCUGAGGGUCAUAAUAUUUAUUAUACAGAGAAAGGUGUGUUAAUUGAUGGUGGUACGCUCGAUGUCGAUGAUCGAACUGGAAAUGGUCCAGAAAAUGUCUACUGGCAAAGCACACCACCAAAGGGCACCUAUCAUGUCUGUUUCGUAACAUAUAGUUUUAGUCCAGAUGUUAGUUCAUCAGAUCCGGUAAUUGCAGCACUUGUAUGGCGUAUACCAUCAAGUAAUACAAUAGCUACAAUAUCAAAAACAUUUACAUCGAAUACUGGACGAAGUUAUACUUGUUCAACAUCACAUGCAGGAUAUAUGAAGACGCUUACCAUAUCUUAA